GUCGGGACUUGAGUGUGGGGAUAGUUUUGCCAUGAAGCGGAGGCACCGAGUGCGUGUCAAGCCAUGGAUGGCGCUGGUUUUUAUUUUGGUGAAGUUGAUGGGGGCCUUUGUGCCACCACCGCAGGUGGCAUCAGCGAGACUGCGGGGCCUCAUUGAGCGUCCUCAAUUUAUUGGGUCUAGCAUUGAAACUUUGCUGUUUGGUAACUUUUUCUACUUGGUCAGACAUAAAAAACAUUCUUGCAUAUUUUUGGUUUUAUAUUGCAUUGUAUAUUUUUCACUCCUCAAUCUUUGCCCUCGAGGUGAAAGAGGAUUUGCGCCCACGCUCGACCCAUUGCAGAGCUUUGGACGUGAAGGUCUGGCAAGUCAUUGUUUCUGCUUCGGGUCUUGUUGUAGCGACAAUACAGGCAGUGCGGGCAGUCAGGGACUCAGUGCGGACAUUCAAAGCCUCUUCCGAGGGCAAAAUCCGAGCAGCAGUGGCAAAGGCCAUGAAACCUUUUGAGCCCAGCAGGCCGCAAGACGAGGUCAUCCAAAGGCCAGUGAUGGGAACUAUCCGGAAACGCGUUGAGAGCUGGCAACAACAUGCGACCAUCAUUGGGGGUCGCUAUCAGUCCGGCAAGUCGGUGGCAACAGAAGAAGCCUUGCGCGGGGUGCGAGGUGUUGUGCGAUUCAGCAUCGAGAGCGCCGAUUGGAAGAGGAUGAUGUUCGAGGAACUUAAAGUGGAGAACAGUGGUCUGUUCAAAGAGAUGAUGCGCCGAGUGGGCGAGAAGCUCAAGGACUUUCCCGACAACCUCACCAAGUAUCCCGUUCUCCUCCUCGACAUCCCUCGUACAACCAUUGAAGGCAUCGACCGAGUCUCUUCUACAGCGAAGGAUGUGGCGACGGACAAAAUCGGCUGUGCCAUACAUGUGAUUGUAUCAGCCUCCUCGGCGGCAGUGGCGCUGGCUUUCGAUGCUGGUGGAACUGAAAGACAGGAAGACAUUUGGGUUGCUGACUUGACGGAGGAAGAAACGAAGGAGUUUUUGGCACUGCAUGGGCAUGAGAAGAAUUGGAAAGACUUCGUGGAUGCUUGUGGCUUGCGGAUUGGCGACUUGGUGAAGGCCUGUGAGAAUCUGAAGAAAGGAAUGCCAUUGGAUGACACGAAGCAAGAGUAUCAGCGAGUUGCCGAUGAUGAAGUUGCGACGCUUCAUGCAACUCAAAAUCGAUGAGGAAGUGACUGGACGCCAGAUGUUGCAAGAGCUCAUGGAUGCUUACCCUGCUGGUAUUCGGAAUGUUGUAAACGGCUUUGGCAUCCUUCCAAGGGAGCUUGCCGAACUAAUUCGCAACAAGAAUUGUCAUGCAGUGUAUUUUCACCCUAUCAAGAAGCGCUUCUUUUUUGCUUCCAAAUUGCAUAAGGAAGCCGCUGAAGCGCAACUGGCAAAUCCAUGACCGAUCUUUUGCGAAAUUGGACGGAAGACUUCAGCUCCUUCGCUGUCUUGCUUGUGCAUGUUUUCCAGCCCCAUACACGCAACGCAUGCAUAGUGGCAGCUAUGUGAGAUGGUG